AUGGGUCGUCGAAUCAUCUCUGGUGGCUGUCACUCAGUGGAGCGGAAAAACGGCGACUUUGCGGCUCUCCGGCAACUGUCACCUGACGGAGAGGAGCUAGAUGGAGGUGGGGCGUGUGUCAGGGAGCUUCAUCCUCAGGUCUGCAUAGCAAGAGGAGGCUCUUCAUCGCAUUCAGUACGCUCUCAAAAGGUGGCGACUCGUCUCCCAGUAGAUCGUCCUCUUCUCGAUGAUGACUUGUUCGUCGAUCAAUUGGAGAUGAUUUACUCGAUGGAUUCGCGAUCCUUUUAUUGCGAAUCCUUCAGCAUUUUUAGUAACAAUGCUCCGUGAAUCGCAUUGAUAAGAUUUUCGCCAAUGAUCCAGCAGUUCUGGUUACUUAAUCCUUUCACCGGUGAUUUGCAGGAAAGUUGCGAUAAUCAAAUAAAAAUAUGACUUUUUGCUCUAGGAGGAUUCGAACCUGUGCCAGUUGCUCACCCCUUUCUGGGGAGGGUGUGACGCGAGUUUAGUCCCACAUCGGUUGUGCGCCAAAGUUUCUAGUGAAUAUAUAGUAAUGUUCACAGCCGGCUGAUCAAGUCCCUUUCUCGCUCGUGUAUGACCACUCCUUGUCCCACAGCCGGCUUGCCACCGGUGACGUGGGAGGGGAAUGGUGCACACGUGCUGCUAUUGGUCCUAGCUGCUCAAGCGCUUGCUCGUGGCUAUUCCCCGACUGCGCUUCCGACUCGCCUGCAAGCCCGCCUGGCCAGCGGGUCCCCUCCAUUUUGCUAUUUUUAUUUUAAUUUCUUUUCCUUCAUUUAUCUCAAAAGUAAGACUGUAAAAAUUAUAUAAAUUCAUAUAAAAUCACAUAAUUACCUAAAAAUUCACGUUAAUCAAUUGAAAACCACUUUUCAAACUUUAACACAAAUAUAAAUCUAUUUAUCAUGAGUUAAGGCUAAAACUAUAUUAUUUACUAAUUAUUAACUUAUGAUAAUGAAGACUUAUCAGGCAACUAUCACCCGACGGAGAGGAGCUAGAUGGAGAUGGGGCGCAUGUUAGGAAGCUUCAUCCUCAAGUCCGCACAGCAAGAGGAGGCUCUUCAUCGCAUCCGGUACACUCUCAAGAGGUGGUGACUCGUCUCUUAGUGGAUCGUCCUCUUCCCGAUGAUGGCUUGUUUGUCGAUCAAUCAUAGAUGAUUUACUCAAUGGAUUCACAAUCUUUUUAUCGCAAAUCAUUCAGCAAUAUUAGUAACAAUGCUCUAUGAAUCGCGUUGACAAGAUUUUCGUCGACGAUCUACUGAUUCAAGCGGCUUAAUCUUUCACUAGCGAUCUAUAAGAAAGUCGCAAUAAUUAGAUAAAAAUAUGAGUGUUGACUCUAGGAGGAUUUGAACCCAUGCCGGUUGCCCACCUACAUGAGAAAGAUUGAAAGAAGUACUCUAAUGUCCUUAUCAAGUGACGUCAUCUUAGUAUAUCUCUAUUAUAACUAAGGGGUAUUUUAGGUAUUAAAAUCUUCAAAGCCUUUCAAUGGAAGGUGUGACACAGAUUUAGUCCCACAUUGCUUGUGCGCUGAAGUUUUGGGUGAAUAUAUAGUAAUAUCACAUUUGCAAAUAAUGAGUCUCUUUCUCGCGUGUGUAUGACCACUCCUGGCCACUAGUGACGUGGAAGGGGAGUGGUCCACACGUGCCCCUAUCGGUCCUAGCUGCUCGAGCCCCUGCUCGCGGCUCCCCCUAACUACACUUCCAACCCACUUGCGAGCUCGGCUGACCAGCGGGUCCCCCUUUUACUAUAUUUUUAUUUUAAUUUUUUUUUCUUCAUUUAUCUCAAUAAUUGGACUAUAAAAAUUAUAUAAAUUCAUAGAAAAUCACAUAAUUACCCAAAAAUUCACGUUAAUCAAUUGAAAACAACUUUUCACAAUUUAACACAAAUAUAUGUCUAUUUAUCAUGAGUUAAGGCUAAAACUAUAUUAUUUACUAAUUAUUAACUCAUGAUAAUGAAGACUUGUCAUUGGUCAUGAGUCUCUUUGAAAAUAUCACAAGAAUAAUAGAAGUCUACUCUAGAAUAAGUGCUCGUGGUGGUCUACCAUUUCACACUCCCUAACGAUAAAUAUUAUGCAUCAGAAAAAUGUGUGUCAUGCUACUUAUCAUUUUCUCUCAAUUCAAAAGGAAGAUAACAAUGGCCGCUUUAAUGCUUCACAGAUUUCUUACUUAGAUAUGAUGCAAUCGAUGGUUAGCGUUCAUCUAACUUAGAUCCUCGCUUGAUAUCAGUGUCAAGUAAGUAUCUUAGAAUCCAUGAUUGAUUGAAUAACAUGAUAAUUUUCUAAGAAAGAUUAGAGAUACCUGAAUAUUUGUUUUUUUUUUCUCACUCUCUUUCAUAACUUAUGAAAUCAUGAUUAUUACCAUAAAAAAAAAAUGCAAUUGCUUCUUUGCCAAGUUGUGGCUAUCAGCUAGUUGAAGCCCACUAUGGUAGUCUUUUAGUUGUAAGGUUAUAGUGAUAAUUAUAAAUUAGUAGUGGCAUCUAUGCAUUAAUAUCUUAUAUAUAGAUGCUAAUUAAUUAGUAGAGAAUGUAAUUAUAUAUAUGUUACCAACUCAUUAUGAUAUUUAUAAUAUUUUAUUAUUUAAAUCCUAAUAUAUAUUAUUUUAUUUAUUUUAUAUAUAUUUUGAGACUAAUCUCAUGAUGUGACUUUGAGUUUGUAUAGUAAAUCACGCAAAUUUAAAAUUUAUAAAACUAGAAAAGACUAAUUUUUAGAUAUUUAGAAGUAUUUUUGGACAAAUAUAUUAAUUAUAAUUCAAUUAAAAUUUCAAAAAUAGUGGUAAUUUUCCAGAUCAAUCAUAGGGAUGUAAUAUAAUAUUGGAUAAUUUUUCAAAACUUUCCUCAAAGAAUACGAGUUUUUAUGAAUUUUAUACUAAGAAAUUAAAAUAAAAUAUAUUUAAAAUUCACGAAAAAGAGAAAUAGAGGUGCAGACAUUAGGAUGAUGUCAGCACCUGACAAAUGGAAAUCUCAUAGAAAUAGAGUUCUACUCAAUGAUUCUCACAUAAGUGAUUACAAAUGAUUUAAUUGAUCAAAUUAAGAUCUAUAAAAGUUGAAAGAAUCAUAGUUGAAUGAAGUAUAGCUUAGUAAAUUUAAAUCACACAAAUAUCACUAAAUGAAGCAAAAAUUAAGUUAAAAGUAGGAAAACAGAGUUCCAACAUCACGGUGGCGAUGCAUCAGCGAUGCACAAAAAUCUUGAGCAUUCGGGAGGAUUGUCAUACAAUAUCCAUGACCUUAAAGGCUCUCCUUAGACAAGGACAACAUGGGCAAUCUCUAAAUCUCCUUGCAAAGUCUAGAGAUGAAUAAAAUAGGUGAUCAAAUUAUCUAUGAUGGCUUUCAUCUAGUAGAGUAGAAAAAUGAUAAUUUUAUGACUCUUCGGCAGCUAUCAUUUGAUAGAGGGGAGUUGGAUGGAGGUGGGGCGCAUGUCGAGGAGCUUCAUCUUUAAGUCCGCACAGCAAGAGGAGGCUCUUCAUCACAUCUGGUAUGCUCUUAAGAGGUGACAACUUGUCUCCCUAUGGAUCAUCCUCUUCUCAAUGACAACUUGUUCAUCGAUCAAUCGAAGAUGAUUUACUUGAUGGAUUCACGAUCCUUUUAUCGCGAAUCGUUUAGUAAUUUUAAUAACAAUACUCUACGAAUCAUGUUGACGAGAUUUUCGCCGAUGAUCUAGUGAUUCUGACAACUUAAUCCUUCAUCGACGAUCUACAGGAAAUUCACGAUAAUUAGAUAAAAAUACAAGUUUUGACUCUAAGAAGAUUCAAACCCACACUGGUUGCCUGCCUAUAUGAGAGAUAUUAAAAUAAAUACUCUAAUGCCCUUAUUGAAUGACGUCAUCAUGGUAUAUCUUUAUUAUAACUAAGGGAUAGUUUAGGUAUUAAAAUCUUUGAAGCCUUUCAGGGGAAAGUGUGAUGUGGGUUUAAUCUCACAAUGCUUGUUGAUAAGUCUUCAUUAUCAUGAGUUAAUAAUUAGUAAAUAAUAUAGUUUUAGCCUUAACUCAUAAUAAAUAAACUUAUAUUUGUGUUAAAGUGUGAAAAGUAGUUUUCAGUUGAUUAACGUAAAUUUUUGAGUAAUUAUGUGAUUUUAUACGAAUUUAUAAGAUUUUUAGUCUGACUUUUGAGAUAAAUGAAGAAAAAGAAAUAAAAAUCAAAAUAUAGCAAAAUGAGGGGGACUUGCCAGCCAACCGAGCCCGCAAGUGGGUUAGAAGUGCAGUUGGGGAGGAGCCGUGAGCAGGGCUCGAGUGGCUAGGACCGAUAGGGGCACGUGUGCGCCACUCCCCUUCCACGUCAUCGAUGGUCAGCCAGCUAUGGGGCAAGGAGUGGUCGCACAUGCGGGAGAAAGAGACUUGCUUGUAAAUAUAAUAUUACUAUAUAUUCGCCCGAAACUUCAGCGCACAAGCGAUGUGGGAUUAAACCCACAUCACACCUUUCCCAGAAGGCUUUGAUGAUUUUAAUACCUACAAUACCCCAUAUUUAUAAUAGAGAUAUACCAUGAUGACAUCAUUUUAUAAGGCCAUUAGAGUACUUAUGUCAAUCUCUCUCAUGUAGGCGGGAACUAGUGCGGGUUCGAAUCCUCCCAGAAUCAAAACUUAUAUUUUUUAUUUGAUUAAGCCACCAGAUUCGCUGGAUCAUCGACGAAAAUCUCGUCAAUGCGAUUCACAAAGCAUUGUUACUAAAAUUGCCCAACAAUUCGCGAUAAAAGGAUCGCGAAACCAUCGAGUAAAGCAUCUCUAAUUGAUCGACGAAUAAGCCGUCAUUGGGAAGAGAAUGAUCUGUUGGGAGACGAGUUGUCACCUCCUAAGAGCAUAUCAGAUGCGAUGAAGAGCCUCCUCUUGCUGCGUGGACCUGAGGAUGAACCUCCCUGACACGUGCCCCACCUCCAUCUAGCUCCUCUCCGUCAAGUGACAGCUGCUAGAGAGCUGCAAAGUCGUCAUUUUUCUACUCUGCCAGGUGACAGCCACUAGAGAAGAUUUGACAACCCAUUUCAUUGAUCUCUAGACUUCACAAAGAGAUCUAGAGAUUGCCCACAUCGUCAUUGCCCAAGGAGAGCCUUCAAGGCUGUGGACACUACACGACGAUCCUCUCGAAUGCUCAAGAUUCCGGUGCAUCGCCGACGCAUCACCGCCGUGAUGUCGGAACUAUUUUUUCUUACUUUCAACUUAUUUUCCAUUUCAUUUAGUGAUAAUUUAUGUGAUUUAAAUUUAUCAAGAUAUACUUCAUUCAAUUAUGAUUCUUUCAACUUUUACAAAUCUUAAUUUGACCAAUUAAAUCAUCUGUAAUUGCUUAGGUAAGAAUCGUCAAGCGGAACUUUGUUUCUGCCCGAUUCACAUUCAUCAGGUGCUGAUGUCAUCUUGACGUCUGCACCCUUAUUUCCUUUUUUCGUAAAUUUUAAAUAUAUUUCCUUUUCAUUUCCUAGUAUAAAUUUAUAAAAAAUAGUAUUCUUUGAAGCAAAUUCUGAAUAAUCACCAGAUAUUAUAUUACUUCUCUGUGAUCGAACUAAAAAAUUAUCACUAUUUUUGAAAGUUUUAUUAACAUAUAAUUAAUAUAUUUGUUCAGAAAUACUUCUAAAUAUUUGAAAAUUCGUAUUUUUUAGUUUUAUAAAUUUUAAAUUUACAUGAUUUACUAUACAACGAGUAAGUCAUGUCACUUGUGCACUGACGUUUUAGGCGAAUAUAUAGUAAUAUCAUAUUUCCAAGCAAUGAGUCCCUUUCUCCCACGUGUACGACUACUCCUUGCCUCAUAGCCGACUGGCCACCGAUGACGUAGAAGGGGAGUGACGCACACGUGCCCCCAUCAGUCUUAGUUGCUCGAGUCCCUACUCGUGGCUCCCCCUGACUACACUUCUGACCUACUUGCAGGCCCGGCUAGCCAAUGAGUCCCCCACCUUUUGCUAUAUGUUUAUUUUAAUUUCUUUUUCUUCAUUUAUCUCAAAAAUUGUGAAAAGUGUUAUUAUACUUCUUACAAUAACAUUUCUUCAUACAUUUGGUAUCAAAUUUUUUCACUUCUUUCUUAGCUUUUACAAGAACGAAACAUGUACAUCCGAAUGGUCUAAAGGAGGUUCUUUAAGUAAUGGUCUAAUCAUAAUUCUAUUCAAUAUAUAAAUAGGAUUAUUAAUACCCUCAGGAAAGAUAUUUAGGGAAGUAAUUUUCAGCUAACUAAGUCCUAGAUAUAUGUGUAAAAAGCUAAUUCAUUCUCUAAUCUGCACCAACUUGUUGGGGUGUCUUAAUACUAGAAAAAUAUAUGAAAUUCACUAACCAUAACAAAACUUCUAUAAAUUUUUUAUUUUCACAUUCUCCACAAUGAUCAACUUAUAAUUCUCUUAAUUCUCAAUUUGUUGUAAUUCUUAAAUUUCUUAUUACACUUCUUAGAUGCCUCAAGUGUAUCAUCUCUCUAUCAAAAUAAAAAUACCUAAAUAAAUCUUGAAAAAUCAUAUAAAGUAAAAAAUCCAUGCCUAUUUCCCUUGUAAUUGUCACUUUGUUGGUUAAACUAAAUGCAUGUAAUAGCUUUAAUGGUUGACUAGUGAUGUCACAUUCAUCAUAGUAAACAAAAAUUAUCAAAAUUUAAAUAUUUAUAAACUGAAUUCAACAUAAGAAUUAAAAUUAAAUUUUGGUGAAUUCAGGUCAUUCAAAGGGAUGAUAGUUCAACCUCAAUAUGAUUGUUUUUUGUUCCAAAAAAUUUACUAAAAUAAAAAUAAAAUAAAAUAAUCUUUGAAUUACUUGAGCUCUAAAUCUUAAAAUUUUGAUGUGUUCACAUUUUCAGAAUUGAUAAAUGACUUGAGAUCCUGAAAAUAUUUUAGAGAAAAUCACAAAGAUAAAAGAAAAUUAAAUGAUAGAAAAUAAACCAAAAAUCAGUAAAAACAAGAGAGGAGAAGGAAAAUACAACUGCAAGUAGGGAAACCUUGCUACCAGUGAAAUGAGAAUACUAAGUACUAUUUCAAAAUAACUAUACCAUGAUGUUAUAACAAAGGUCAUUUCAUCAGAAAUAUUAAAAUCGUAAGAAAAAGAUGUAAAACAAAUGAAAUAAAAUCAUGAACUUGUCUAUGUUUGUCAUCAAAGAAUAGAGUAUUGUUGUGAUAAGAAAUAGAAUAGAAACGUGAUUAAAAAAGAAUAAAAUAUGGAAUAAAUAUUUAAUCUUGUCAUAUGCAGGUUGAUAGAAUGAAAUCGAGGGUCAUUGAAAACCCCAAAAUUAGUUGAUCAAAAAAUAUUUAGAAUCACGAAUUUACUAAAUUAAAAUACAAAAAAAGGUAAGUACGGCGAUAAUCUUGAAGUCUAUCCACAAGAAUUGAGAAUUAGGCAUUACUUAGUUACUAUUUAAUUUGAUUUAUAGAUUUCAUUGAAAUGAGCUCAAAGGAGAGUCGAUGGCAAGUAAGAAGAAUUUUCACUAUCAGGAAAGGGGGAAAAUAGAAAAUCAAUGAUGCAGACGAUGCUGGAGAGAUGAAUACAUGCAUAAAAGACUCAUAAUACGGAAUCAAAAAGAUAAAUCACCCUAUUUCAAACCUACAAAUACUUAACAUGUAUACUAUUUUAGGGGCCUCUAUAUGUCACCAAGACUAGGUGGUUUUCCUCUUCGAGUAGCUUUUCCAAGGAUCUAUGCUUUGACUCCACACAUGAAUCAAUCAAAACACAUCUGACGUGACUUAGUUGUUGUAUAUUAAAUCACGCAAAUAUAAAAUUUAUAAAACUAGAAAAUACGAAUUUUCAGAUAUUUAGAAGUAUUUCUAAAUAAAUAUAUCAAUUAUAAUUCCAUAAAAAUUCCAAAAAAUAGGGGUAAUUUUCCAAGUCGAUCAUAGAGAUGUAAUAUAAUAUCUGGUAAUUAUUCAGAAUUUUCCUCAAAGAAUACUAUUUUCUAUGAAUUUUAUACUAAGAAAUGAAAAGGAAAUAUAUUUGAAAUUCACGAAAAAAAAGGAAAUAAGGGUGCGGAUGUCAGGAUGACGUCAGCGCCCGGCAAACGCGAAUCGGGUGGAAAUAGAGUUCCGCCCGGUGAUUCUUACGUAAGCAAUUACAGACGAUUUAAUUAAUCAAAUUAAGAUCUGUAAGCCGGAAGAAUUGUAAUAGAACAAAGUAUAUUUUGGUAAAUUAAAAUCACAAAAAGUAUCACUAAAUCAAGCGUAAAGUAAGUUAAAAGUAGGAAAAUAGAGUUCCGACGUCGCGACGGCGAUGCGUUGGCGAUGCACCGGAAUUCUGAGUGUUCGGGAGGAUCGUCGUGCAGUGUCCACGACCUCGAAGGCUCACUAAAUGGCUCGUCGAGUCGUCUCCGGCGGCUGUCACUCGGCGGAACGGAAAAACGGUGACUUUGCGGCUCUCCGGCGGCUGUCACCCGAUGAAGAGGAGCUGGAUGGAGGUGGGGCGCGUGUCAGGGAGCUUCAUCCUUAGGUCCGCGCAGCAAGAGGAGGCUCUUCAUCGCAUCUGGUACGCUCUCAGGAGGUGGCGACUCGUCUCCCCAUGGAUCGUCCUGUUCCCAACAACGGCUUGUUCGUCGAUCAAUCAGAGAUGAUUUACUCGAUGGAUUCGGGAUCUUUUUAUCGCGAAUCGUUCAGCAAUUUUAGUAGCAAUGCUCUGUGAAUCGCGUUGACGAGAUUUUCGCCGAUGAUCUAGUGAUUCUCAUUGCUUAAGCCUUCACCGGCGAUCUGCAGGAAAGUCGCGAUAAUCAGAUAAAAAUAUAUGAAUUUUGACUCAGGGAGGAUUCGAACCCGCGCUAGUUGUCCGCCCCUUCUGAGGAAGGUGUGACGCGGGUUUAGUCCCACAUCACUUGUGCGCCAAUUUUUCGGGCGAAUAUAUAGUAAUGUUACAUUUCUAAGCAAAGUUCCUUCUCUCGCGUGUACGACCACUCCUUGGCCCACAGCUGGCUGGCCACCAGUGACGUGGAAGGGGAGUGGCGCACACGAGCCCCUAUUGGUCCAAGCCGCUCGAGCCCCUACUCGCGGCUACUCUCCGACUGAGCUUCCGACCCGCUUGCGGGCCCAGCUGGCCGGCGGGUCCCCCCAUUUUGCAAUAUUUUAUUUCUUUUUCUUCAUUUAUCUCAAAAGUAAGACUGUAAAAAUCAUAUAAAUUCGUAUAAAAUCACAUAAUUACCCAAAAAAUCACAUUAAUCAACUGGUGAAACCUGAAUUUGUUUCAUGCGAACCGACAAAAUGUGAAGGUAUUCAAAGUUAAGUUCUUCUACCCGUAAACGGCAACUUAAAUGCAUAAGGAUUUACAUGAGACGAUGGGAAUACACAUGUAGGGCUGUGAAUAAUUGAGGGUUGUUUUGUCUUUUUGGCCAUGAUAAAAUCAGGCGAGAGUCAGUUUCUUCUCAAGUUGAUCUGAACCAUUGGAUUUGGAAGUCUUGUCGUAGCCAUAGGAUCUUCUUAAAUGUUGAGAUCCACUGCAUCCUCAGUAAGGAUGCUCCAUCUGUCGUUGAUUGUGUGGACAUUCUUUGUGGCUUAUGAUGCCACAUGUCAAUGCCUCAGCCCUUGAUUUUGUCACCUCAUCUCCACUAACCAGAUCUCAUCCAUCAAAGCAUAUAUCGGCUUCCUAAAAACUAUAAAAAGACAUCAAAAAGUCUUGAAAUUCUCUCAUAUUAAUAUAAAAUCAAUUAUGACUAUAAAGCUCAGAGAAAAUUUCCAAAAAAGUCUCUAAAAUAUGGUAACAUGCUAUAUUUUACAUCUUUUAUGUCAUAAUCAACAUGUUAUCACAUGUCACUUGGACAAAGAACUAGGCUAAAAAAAAUUUCAAAUCAAAUUGAAAUGAAAAUCUGAUUCACAAACACCAUUCAUUGCUCUGCUCAUUUGUCACCCAAAAACAAACUACCAGAAAGUGAAUGUGAAAUCAUCUAAAACGUGCUAAAAAUAUAUAUUGAAAGCUUUAAUCUCGUUAUUUUCGUAUCACCAGACAAAGGAUUUAGAAAUAAUGAAAAUAAAACGAAAUAAGGAGAGAAAUUGAACUCAAAUGUGACCAAGAUCAGUCCACCUAUCAUCCAAAGAGAACUUGGCCCCAAAAGCUUGUAAAUUUCUCCAAUAUUCCCCUUUUUAUCAUCUAGAAAGCUUCCUCUUUUUGUCCUCGAGCUUCAUUCUGAUUUUGAUGCAAUAAUAUCUCAAUAAUAAUCAUGAAAUCUCUAAUUAUCUCUAUUCAUUUCACUGCCAAAAAACAAAGGAUGAAAGAUGAUGUGUACAUCAAUGAUGUGCCAUAACCUCUUGACAUGGCCCAAAAAUGCUUAGAUGGCCCAUAAACCCUUGAACAUGUCCUCUUGGUGUUGUGACCAUAAUUUUUUAUAUUUUUUUCUCAUUAUAUUGAUAAGUUCUAAAUUACUGAAAAUGGCUUUAAAAUGUCUUCAAACAUUUCUUAAAAAAUCCAUGAUAAAUCUAUUUUCCAAUUUUAAUUUAAUGCUUAAUUUCCUUUCAAUUUUCAAAUAAUCCAGAAGAUUAUAAACCUUGGAUAAUCAUAUUAGCACAUGGAUAAAAAAUAAGAAAUAUAUUUAUUUCACAUAAAUCAUAUAAAUUAGAAAAAUAAAGAUAAAUUCAUCACAUCACUCUCAAAAAACUACUAACACUUUUUUAGCUGAAAUAAUUCACAUUUAGUGUUAAUUAACACGAAAAAUAAUUUUAUUUUACCUUAAUUAUUAAAUAAAAAUAAGCAUUAUCUAUUAGUUUUGGCAAUAUUUUUAGAUUUGUGACUCUCUCUAACCUAGCCUCUAAUAAAUUUUCACUAUGAAAUAUCUCAUUCAAAUUUAGAUUAGGCAUUAAUUUAACUAAGUUCAAAUUAUUUAAUUUCUUUAUAUUCAAAUGCUUACAUGUCUUAAUUGUCCACAACGAAUUUAUUUACUAUAUAUUAUGGGCAUUAAAUAUCAAUAAUUCAUUUAAGUGAAAAAUAUAAAUAUUAUUUCUGGAAUUGAAUAUACAAAAAAUAUGACUUCUGAAUAUUGCAUUCAUUCUAUGAUCACAUAACUAAUGCUGAUCAGAUUAUGUGUUAAAGGUUGUAUAAUCAUAGCAUAUUCAAAUAGAACAUGAUAAUUAAGAUGACUAUUUUUAUCUACAAUAAUUUUUCUUUCUUAUUGUUCUCAAAGGUUUACUCACCUCCUCGUACAAGGUAAACCAUCAUCUCUUUCUGGUCAUGCAUUUUGCAUAGCUAUUAUCAAGGUAUCAUGGUGCUUCAUCCAUUGAACGAGACUCUUUAAUUUUAUUACAACAAGGGUAUCCAAAAAAGAAAUCGAUUCUUAAUCCUAGAUGUAUAAAAAAAUUUCUUGGGAAAUCAUAUUUCUCUAUAAAAAAAAAUUCUGUCUAUUUUUUUAUGCUUAUAUUUUUUUGUGUACUUACAUGUAAAUGGAUGUCAAAACUCUUAUUUAAAGUUUUUUUCCACUGGAAAAUGUUGAGUAUGAUUUUUUAUUUUCCACUUUCUUCCAUGCUUCUACUAUCAAACUAGCAUAUCCAAUCCCUUUUCAAUUGAUGUGUUUGUUCCUUGUUUCAAUCAAUGUAUAAAAUUUCUAUUGAUCCCUAUUAAAUAAGUUUUCAUUUUACCAUUUUCUUGUAGCAAUGAUUUCAUCUUUGUCAAGUUUUCAACAUGUUUCCUAACAUUAAGUUUAUCCAUUUGUGACUUAAAUUUCAUAUUUUUCUUAAAUAUUUAACUAUUAUGACUUCAACUUUAUCUAAAACAUCAUCAAUAUCAGUAAUAAAUUAGUCUAAUUAUUCAAUUGUCAUAUUACCCUUGGAGAAUUCUUUUUCCUCAAAUUCAUGCAUUAUGAAGCAAAUAUUUUAUUUAUUUUCAUGCUAUAUUUCGAAUGAAGAAUCAUCUUGAUCACUCUUAAGUAGUCAGCACCACCUUCUUUCUCUUAAUGCUGAAUUUUAGUUUGGCACAAUUGACUUUCAUCUAACCUAGUUUUCACAAUUCAAAGCAUAUAGGCUCGACUUGCAUUCUAUCACUCCUACCAAAAAAUGCAUUUAACUUUUUUAUCCCUUUCUUUACUUGAAAUCUCUUUAAUCUCUAAGUAAUCAUGGCAAUAUCUUUUAAGUCUACUUCAUCAUCAAUAUCUAUGGGUUUGAGGAAAAUUGGUUUCUUUGUGAAUAGUUAUUAAAGCUAGAUUUAUAUGUUUUAAUUAGUUUUGUUAUUUGCUUUUAUUUUUUUAACUUGCAGAAUAAAUAUGAGAUAUAUUGUUAAAUUCAAAAGUCUGAAGUUAGAGUACUUAGUGUAAUUUUUUUAUUAUUAAAAUAAAAAAAUAAUAUAAAAUUUCUGUCCACUGGCAAGCGGGCCUUGCUCUACACAUGUGCGUCACUCCCCUUCCACGUCUUGGUGGCCAACUGGUCAUGGGGUGAUAAGUCUUCAUUAUCAUGAGUUAAUAAUUAGUAAAUAAUAUAGUUUUAGCCUUAACUCGUGAUAAAUAGACUUAUAUUUGUGUUAAAGUGUGAAAAGUGGUUUUCAGUUGAUUAAUGUGAUUUUUUGGGUAAUUAUGUGAUUUUAUACAAAUUUAUAUGAUUUUUCCAGCCUUACUUUCGAGAUAAAUGAAGAAAAAGAAAUAAAACUAAAAUAUUGCAAAAUGGGGGAGACCCGCCGGCUAGCCGGGCCCGCAAGCGGGUCGGAAGCUCAGUCGGGGAGUAGCCGCGAGUAGGGAAUCGAGCGGCUUGGACCGAUAGGGGCACGUGUGCGCCACUCCCCUUCCACGUCACCGGUGACCAGCCGGCUGUGGGGCAAGGAGUGGUCGUACACGCGAGAGAAGGGACUUUGCUUAAAAAGCUAACAUUACUAUAUAUUCGCCUGAAAAAUCGGCGCACAACCGAUGUGGGACUAAACCCGCGUCACACCUUCCUCAGAAGAGGCGGACAACCGGCGCGGGUUCGAAUCCUCCCAGAGUCAAAAUUCAUAUAUUUUUAUCUGAUUAUCGCGACUUUCCUGUAGAUCGCCGGUGAAGGAUUAAGCAACCAGAAUCGCUGGAUCAUCGGCGAAAAUCUCGUCAACGCGAUUCGCGGAGCAUUGCUACUAAAAUUGCUGAACGAUUCGCGAUAAAAGGAUUGCGAAUCCAUCGAGUAAAUCAUCUCCGAUUGAUCGACGAACAAGCCGUUGUCGGGAAGAGGACGAUCCGCCGAGAGACGAGUCGCCACCUCUUGAGAGCGUACCAGAUGCGAUGAAGAGCCUCCUCUUGCUACGCGGACCUGAGGAUGAAGCUCCUUGACACGCGCCCCACCUCCAUCCAGCUCCUCUCCGUCGGGUGACAGCCGCCGGAGAGCCGCAAAGUCGCCGUUUUUCCGCUCUGCCGAGUGACAGCCGCCGGAGACAACUCAUCAACCCAUUUCAUUGAUCUCUAGACUUCGCGAGAAGAUCUACAGAUUGCCCACGUCGUCUUUAUCCAAGGAGAGCUUUCGAGGCUAUAGACACUAGACAACGAUCCUCCCAAACGCUCAGGAUUCCAGUGCAUCGCCGACACAUCGCCGUCGCGACGCCGGAACUCUGUUUUCCUGCUUUAAACUUACUUUACACUUCAUUUAGUGAUAUUUCUUUGUGAUUUUAAUUUACCAAAAUAUACUUUGUUCUAUUACGAUUCUUUCGGCUUUUACAGAUCUUAAUUUGAUUAAUUAAAUCGUCUGUAAUCGCUUACGUAAGAAUCGCCGGGCGGAACUCUGUUUCCGCCCGAUUCGCGUUCGCCGGGCGCUGACGUCAUCCUGACGCCCGCACCCUUAUUUCCCUUUUUAGUGAAUUUUAAAUAUAUUUCAUUUUUAUUUCCUAGUAUAAAAUUCAUAGAAAAUCGUAUUCAUUGAGAAAAAUUCUGAAUAAUUACCAGAUAUUAUAUUACAUCCCUGUGAUCGACCUGGAAAAUUACCGCUAUUUUUGGAAGUUUUAUUGAAUUAUAAUUGCUAUAUUUAUUUAGAAAUACUUCUAAAUAUCCAAAAAUUCGUAUUUUCUAGUUUUAUAAAUUUUAUAUUUGCGUGAUUUAAUAUACAACGACUGAGUCACGUCAUGGGGCAAGGAGCGCCUAUAUACACGUGUGCACACGAGGGUGGACCACCUUAUUGCCUUCUCCCAAGAUGGUCUUGGGCAUUAUUUUAUUUCAAGAGAAGGGAAUCUCUGCUGAGAGACCGUAGCUUUAAUUUAUAUUCGGCAUAUGUUCCGAAAUAUUUUUUAUGUGGGACCAAAUGUUUUCAUCUAUUUCAGCGUAGCCAUCUAGAGUGUAGUGUGAUCCAGCGGUACACAAAGAGUCACGUCAUCCGAUUAGCCUAAUCCUAUGACUGGCGAAUCGCCACAAUACUAGAUUUGUAAAGUGAUUCAUCGAUAGUUCAUGAAUCUGAUACCGCUCAACACACACGUGACCUUAAAAGCUGAUCCAACAACUAUGAAGGCACCACGGUACUAGAACUUAAGUUCCCGAUCGACAAUAGUUCGCAACGGAUUGAUCUUACGUCGCUCAGAGCGCCACGUGACCAGGCUCAUCUGAUCUAGCAACUCAUGGAGAGCCACGAUAUUGGGAACUUAAGUUUUCACACAUAUCAUCCUUAGGGAUAUAAAGAUAAUAAUUAAUUAUUUUCUGGUAAAUAGAUAUUAUCAAUUAUCUUUAAAAUCCCGAUAGUAGUUGCGAAUAUGACAAUCUGUUCUUCCCUCUUUUCAUGCGAUCGACAUCUCCAGUGAUCAACAAACUUCUUCCUUCCUUGCUCGACUACACUCAAGGCCUCCAGUGAGUGUUCAGCUCUUUCCUUCUCCCCCCAAAUGAUGGUGACAGCGUGGUCGAGCCCUCUUUAGGAGAUCUCUCCGGCAUGAUGUGGCACGACUAGACGAAACUAAGCCACCACACUGGUGUCUCCAGUUGCCCAAGAAAUAGACUAAACUUGGGCAAUGAUUUAUUUCCUAUUUUCAGCAUUUACUUACUUGCUUUUGUCAUUUGUUUACAUUUUAGGGCAUGUUCUUUCUGUUUCAUGCACGUUUUCAUUGAAAUGAGUAGAACUAAUUCAAAACUUGAUGAAUAAUCUUUGUUCUUCUUUUGAAUCCUCUAAAACUUGUCUAAGAUCAAGCUAAGAUUAUUUCUAACUUAUUUUCUAUUGAUUUUCAUAGUCGAAUCUUGACGUAUUCAUGUUCCCGACAUUCUGCAAAUAACGAGUAUUUUUCUAUUUUUGAAUGCAAAAUCAUCGAGAUUAAAGGCUGAUUAAUAAGCAUUCAAUGGUUAAAAUAAGCUAGAGACAUUCACGGCUGACCUCGUGUCAUGUGUGUGAAUCUUCGAGCACACAUUCAUCUGGGAAACUAGGUUGACCAUAUUUCUCUAUUUCUUCAUUUUUGUCUUAUUUCUCUCUCUCCCUCUCUCGUGAGACCUCUCUUCUCUCUCCAUCUCUCGUGAGAUCUCUCCCUUUCUCUCGAUUGAUAUUUCCUUCUCUUUCUCUCUCUCGAUUGAUCUCCCUCUCUCUCUCUCGUGAAACUUUUCUCUCUCUCUGUCUCACGUGAGAUUUCUCUCCUUCUCUCUCUUUCUCUUCCUUUCUCGAGAGAUCUCAUCUCUUCUCUCUCUUGUGAGAGCUCUCUCUUCUCUCUUUCUUCUCUCUCUUUUCCUCCUUCCUUUUCUCCACUUUCCUUCCUUAUUCUUUUGACCUCACCAUUCUAUUUUAUUAUUCCUGUUAAAUAUUAAUAAAAUAUUAAAAUCAUUUUAUAUAUAAACUAAAUUAGUUUUCACGACGAAUUAAUCAAUCUCCUUGUGUUCGACCUAAGACUCACUCCCAUACUAAUAUUUUAUUAAGUUUUAGUUAUAAAUAUUAGAUAGUGUGUAUUUAAAUGCAACGACAAGUGCACACCAGUAAUUUACUUUAUAAUCUUCUAAGGUAGUUUACUUUAUCAAAUGCUAUUUUUUUGUCUCAAUGAAGGGGUCAAGGACAUAAAACUUAUUCAUUUCAGCUGAUACAAAAGUUUUUCCUUAGUUUUACUAAGGAAAAACUAUUUCAAAUUCAUGUUUACUUUUUCCAAUUCAUAUUCCUCAAAUUCAGAUCAUUAAUGUCACACAUUUCAAAAAUGUUGUCAUUUUAAUUCUUAGUAAAUAACUCAUUUAGUCUCUUGUACCUUUUUUGUCCCUCAUAAAUCACUUCUAAUUUAUCCCAAAUUUCUUUUGCUGAACCAUAUGUCAAAAUCCUAUUGUUGAAUCUAAUCCACAAAACAACACACUCUUUACUUAGAAAAAUCAAUAAUCUAAGAUUUGAAUAAGGAUUUCUAUCUUUAUUUUCCAAAAUGGGCUGUUUGAUCCAUUGAAAAGAGGUAGUUUCUAGAAAAAACUUCCUUCCUUAUUGUUUCCUAAAUAUUGAAGUUGGUUCUGAAAGCAAUUGCUAGAUUUAAAAGUGUACAUAGAUCAAGAAGAGGUUGUAUUGAUCUUACUCUAAUUUUGACAUUUGGCUAAGUACUCUAAAUUCUUCAUCUCCUCUCUUAGGUUUUAAAUUAUCUGAAAUAUUCAACAUCUGAAUAACGAAUACUCUUUGAUUUUAAAUUAUAAGAAGGAAAUUAGAGAUUGUAGAAAGGUCAUGGAUGAUCAAGCAGAAUUAAUAAAAAAACUUUGAUACACAACCUUUCCCAAUUUUCUGCCCUUUCUCAAUAUUUAAGAUAUAAAAUUAUAAAUCAAUACAUUGCCCUUUAUGGUUUUGAUAUCCUUUAACAUAAAAGCAAUAUGCAAACUUUUUAGCUAUUAAGAUACACAUCUAAAGCUUUCAUUUCAAGUGUGUCUGAUGAGACUAAGUUUUUAUUAUAAAAGAACCAAAAACACAUCCCUAGAUAAAUUGAUGACUUUGAGUUCAAUUUAAUCCAAGUGGUUUCAAUAAAAAGUGAAUAUGAAGUAGAUGAUAAGUCUUCAUUAUCAUGAGUUAAUAAUAAGUAAAUAAUAUAGUUUUAGCCUUAACUGGUGAUAAAUAGACUUAUAUUUGUGUUAAAGCGUGAAAAGUGGUUUUCAGUUGAUUAAUGUGAUUUUUUGGGUAAUUAUGUGAUUUUAUACGAAUUUAUAUGAUUUUUACAAUCUUACUUUUGAGAUAAAUGAAGAAAAAGAAAUAAAACUAAAAUAUUACAAAAUGGGGGAGACCCGCCGGCCAGCCGGGCCCGCAAGCGGGUCGGAAGCUCAGUCGGGGAGUAGCCGCGAGCAAGGGCUCGAGCGGCUUGGACCGAUAGGGGCACGUGUGCGCCACUCCCCUUCCACGUCACCGGUGGCUAGCCGGCUGUGGGGCAAGGAGUGGUCGUACACGCGAGAGAAGGGACUUUGCUUAAAAAGCUAACAUUACUAUAUAUUCGCCUGAAAAAUCGGCGCACAACCGAUGUGGGACUAAACCCGCGUCACACCUUCCUCACAGGCGGGCGACCGGCGCGGGUUCGAAUCCUCCCAGAGUCAAAAUUUAUAUCUUUUUAUUUGAUUAUCGCGACUUUCCUGCAGAUCGCUGGUGAAGGAUUAAGCAACCAGAAUCGCUAGAUCAUCGGCGAAAAUCUCGUCAACGCGAUUCGCGGAGCAUUGCUACUAAAAUUGCUGAACGAUUCGCGAUAAAAGGAUCGCGAAUCCAUCGAGUAAAUCAUCUCCGAUUGAUCGACGAACAAGCCGUCGUUGGGAAGAGGACGAUCCGUCGGGAGACGAGUCGCCACCUCUUGAGAGCGUACCAGAUGCGAUGAAGAGCCUCCUCUUGCUGCGCGGACCUGAGGAUGAAGCUCCUUGACACGCGCCCCACCUCCAUCCAGCUCCUCUCCGUCGGGUGGCAGCCGUCGGAGAGCCGCAAAGUCGCCGUUUUUCCGCUCCGCCGGGUGACAGCCGUCGGAGACGAUUCAAUGACCCACUUCAUUGAUCUCUAGACUUCGCGAGAAGAUCUAGAGAUUGCCCACGUCGUCUUUGUCCAAGGAGAGCUUUCGAGGCCGUGGACACUGCACGACGAUCCUCCCAAAUGCUCUGGAUUCCGGUGCAUCGCCGACGCAUCGCCGUCGCGAUGCCGGAACUCUGUUUUCCUGCUUUCAAUUUACUUUACGCUUCAUUUAGUGAUAAUUUUUGUGUUUUUAAGUUACCAAAAUAUACUUUGUUCAAUUACGAUUCUUCCGGCUUUUACAGAUCUUAAUUUGAUUAAUUAAAUCGUCUAUAAUCGCUUACGCAAGAAUCGCCGAGCGGAACUUUGUUUCCGCCCGAUUCGCGUUCGUCGGGCGCUGACGUCAUCUUGACGUCCACGUCCUUAUUUCCUUUUUUUUUCGUGAAUUUUAGAUAUAUUUCCUUCUUAUUUCCUAGUAUAAAAUUCAUAGAAAAUCGUAUUCAUUGAGAAAAAUUCUGAAUAAUUACCAGAUAUUAUAUUACAUCCCUGUGAUCAACCUGGAAAAUUACCGCUAUUUUUUGAAGUUUUAUUGAAUUAUAAUUGAUAUAUUUAUUUAGAAAUACUUCUAAAUAUCCGAAAAUUCGUAUUUUCUAGUUUUAUAAAUUUAAUAUUUACGUGAUUUAAUAUAUAGCGACUGACUCACGUCAGUAGACAUACUGGAUCAUUAUUUCAUUAACUUGGGGAUCUCAAUUUUUUUUAUAAUUAAUAUUGAAAAGUAUUAAAAAAAUUGCAAACAUCAUUUAAAUGCUAUACAUUCAAUUAAUUAAUUUCCAAUAAAGUUUACUGGAAAUAAAUAUUUUAAAUUAUAGAUAUCUAUUACACUCAUUGAAAUUCUCUACCAAUAUUUUACUCCAAUGAUUCAUAAAAAUCCAAUGUGAAACUCAUUUUUUACCAUAAUUCGCCAUUUUUGUAAUUAUGGACAUUACUAAGAGUAGAAAAGAAAAGAAUGAUUACAAGUGAUAAAUUCAUCCAAAUUUGAGAAUUCAAACCAUUAGUAUCAAUGAUCUACUCCUAUGUAUUAUCCAUGAAUUUAUACUUAAUUUACUUUAUAUUCAUGUUCAAGAGAAUAUUCAUGUGUAUUUGAUUUACACUAAAUAAUUAAUGCAAUUUGAUCCAUUUAUAUAUCUUGUGCUCUUUUCAUCAUUAAAAAUUGAUUUGAUAAUUAAAGAUCUAACAUAAUUAAAUAAUUCUUACUUGAAAAAUGGUGUGAGACAAUUGUCUUGUGCAACCAUCGGAAAGGUAAUUGAAUGAUGAACAAAAUGUAUUCCAUAGAUCGUCAAAUAUCAAAGAAUUCAGUUUACAACAAUUUUUACAAGUUUACUAAACUUAUAGUUUUCCCAAUGCUAAAAUCUUCUAUAGUUGUAAGACAAUUGAUCAAAAUGAUUUUUUUAAAAAGAUUAUCACAUAUUUGGGCUUGUAGUGAUUGGAAAUCAUACUCAUAGAGGAAUUCAAUAGAGUAAAUUGUUAUGAAUUUAACAACUUUUGGUCAGCAUAUUUUUAAGUAUAUUUUCAAGCAUGUGUGGUCGAUUGUGCUGACUGUUUUGGCAUGAUAACCAAUGAUAAAAUGAGGGAUUUUUCCCAAAUUAGGAAAUGAUAGCAUCCAAAAUCAAAGAGAGAUCAUCGAGAUUUGUCCUCAUCAUCAUGCUCUAGCACCUCCAAAUAAAUCAUCCUCCUAGUUGAAGCAUUUCUGCAACUCGUAGCAUUGAUCUUGAAGAGCUUCAGUAUGCCCAACUUCUUCCAAACAAAGCUUGCUGAUCCUACCAAAAGAUAGUCAUACAUUUUAGCUAAAUAUUUCCUAUUCUUGAUCUUGUUCUUGAAUAGAAAUGUGAAGAAAAUCUUGGUUUACCUAUCAUGUGUUAUAAAGGGUGGUUAGAACCUUUAGUCUAGUGGAUAGAUAAAUUUAUGAAGUAUGCUACCAGGUUUUUUAAGGUGCUAGAGAUUUAGAAAGAGGAUAAGAAUCAUAGAGUCUGAUAAUACUCUAUUUAUAUUGUAUAAUGUAGAUCAUAUGCAUGCAUUUUAGUUACAUUUAGUAAGCAUAAUGUCUUAAAAUUAAUAUAGUAUGGAAUUACUAUGAUUCGGUUAUUUUGCAUAUAAUUAGCAUGAAUUAUGCUUAAAAUAUAAUCUAUGAGCUUAGCACAUUAUAAAGAUAUAUUUUUCACAUCUAUUUUUGGUUGAAAAUUUAUUUUAGAUAUAAGAAGUAUUGGGCAAAAUCUGGGAAUUUUCUAAGAUUUAUUUGGGUGUCAUUUGAAAUGUUUAAGAAUGAGUAUGAUGUUUAUAAUAAUUGUGGAUUUAUAUCCAAUUUUUACUAAUGAUAGGGGUGUUAUACAAUCCAUAAUACAUAAUUUUAUUACAUAUGAGAAUAGGAAUAGUUAAGUGACUCAUGUGAGUUUCAUUUGAAUGCCCAUCGACAUCAUAUAUUACACUUUACAUAAUUGCAGGAGAAUGAUGAAGGAGAAUGAAAUAGUCAAAAUGGUCUCCAAAGGAAAGGGAAGCUGAUUGGAUAAGUGGGACCCACAACUUGCCUACAACUGUCCAUGAUGCCAUGAUGAAGGGACUGAACAGAAGGGUUGGAAACCAUUAGAAAAACUACCAAUAAAAAUACUUUGGUUUGGAAUCAUUUAUCAACCCUCUUUCCACGAAUGAAAACCUAGCAAUAGUAUAUCCAUUGGCAAAUAAUCUUCACUGUGUUGAACAUUCUUGUUAUAGACUAUUUGGGAAGUCUUCAAACUUCUCCAAGAGGUGUGUAAUUCCUCUUUUUCUUCACUCCAAAGAGGUAUUUUUGGAGCCAAUUUUCUUACCUUUUCUACCCCAUGAAGUACUAUGAGAUUCCUUGUGUCUUUCUCCUCACCACCCAACAAAAGUACUAUUGGGAGAUUACUAUCCAUGAGUUCCAACACACCUUGGUGAGCACCAUAGUGUGAUGUAAAGCUUGCUCAAGCUUGUGAUGGGUGACGGCCAUCAUAGCCGCCCACAUAGUGUGGUCCUUGGAUGUAAAACACUCGUGGAUGCAUGUGUGGUGUUUCCACAAGUAGAAGCACCACACAAUUGAGCUUAAGGGCUAUCUCUACCCUUCUCUCUACUUUCUCUUCAUAUUUGGUUACAUAAAUCAUUCCAAUUCAAUCAUUUAGUUUCAAUGUGACGAUUUAGAUUUUGAGGCUUGAACUUGAAAUUUUAAAAUCAAAGAAUGUUCAGUGAAUGAAUUAACUUUUUUUUUCUCUUUCAACAUUACUUCUCACUGUGUUUUUAUUGUUAAGAUGCCUUCCUCAUGAUUUCUAUGAGUUUGUUCUUCACUCUAAUCUUCUCAUCUCUUUAUUCUUCCUUUUCAAAAACAUCUUUCUAACAAUUAAUUCGAGUUUCCAACUGUUAUUGUAAUCAACCUAGAUAUUCAUUAGUAAGUUCUCACUUUUUAAAAUUAACUUCUGAUUUAUAAAUCAGAAGUUAAUUUAUAAAUCAGAAGUUAAUUUAUAAAUCAGAAGUUAAUUUAUAAAUCAGAAGUUAAUUUAUAAAUCAGAAGUUAAUUUAUAAAUCAGAAGUUAAUUUUAAAGUUUAAUUAAAUCAACCUAGAUAUUCAUUAGUAAGUUCUCAAAUAUUGAGCUUUAAUUACAAUGAUAGUUUUUGUGCGAUCAAAGUAUAUCUUGUAAUAGGUUACUCUAGAACUUAGAUUUCUAGCAUGUGAUAUGAAAUCUCAAAGUUUAUGUCGUAAUGGGUGUUGAUCUUGUAAAAUCAUUUGUAUUUGUGAGGAUAAAAGUAUUACAAUUAUAACUGUGAUUUUAGAGUGGAAGUAGGCUAAAGGGUUUCACCCCAAUGAAUAGCUCAAUAUUUGCAUAUAAACAGGGCGUUUCUGCCAACUUUAGCAUGUGAGUGAGUUAACAAGAGAAACUUGAGUGUGUGUGUCUGUUAAUGUCCACCUUCUACCAAGGUCUAGCCUAAGAUCUACAUUUCUGAACAAGAAACAUUAAGGAAAAUUAUCUUUUUUCAGGCUGUCAUUAACUUAAUCUCAGAUCAAAUGGUGCCUCAAUGAAAGAAAGAAAAUUCUAGCAAUAGAAUCUAUGAGCUAAAGUUCUAGGAGUGGGGAUUUGUUCUUUACUUUGUUCCUAUAGUUUUUGAAAAUUUAAAGUGCAGCACAUAUGCUUUAUGAGGCCUUGAUAUGGUUGGUAUCCAGAGCCAUAUGAUCUAGUACAUAAGCUUGCUAAAGAUUGGAUAUUUAGUACUUGGUCAAUAGAGCCAUAAGAUCAAGACAGGCUCAUUGAUACUUGGAUAUUCAAUAGAAGUCAGCUUAACCCAUCGAUUUACAGUAUUUCACUCCUAACUUAAUGGAACAUAAGGAAUUUGUCCUCUGAUAUUAGACACUCUAAAUCUUAGAAGAAUUCAUUUUGCCCAAUGCUAUCUCAUAAUUUCCUUAAAGAGAAUAUAGAUCUUAGACGAAUUUGUCCUAAAAAUUGUCCUUGGAACCCAUUUCUCCUUCAUGGUCUCUCAUAAUUUCCUUAAAGAGGCAUGUGAUAAGUCUUCAUUAUCAUGAGUUAAUAAUUAGUAAAUAAUAUAGUUUUAGCCUUAACUCAUGAUAAAUAGAUUUAUAUUUGUGUUAAAGUGUGAAAAGUAGUUUUCAGCUGAUUAAUGUGAUUUUUUGGGUAAUUAUGUGAUUUUAUACGAAUUUAUAUGAUUUUUAUAGUCUUACUUUUGAGAUAAAUGAAGAAAAAGAAAUAAAUUAUUACAAAAUAGGGGGACCCGCCAGCCAGCCGGGCCCGCAAGUGGGUCGGAAGCUCAGUCAAGGAGUAGCCGCAAGCAAGGGCUCGAGCGGCUUGGACCAAUAGGGGCUUGUGUGCGCCACUCCCCUUCCACGUCACCGGUGGCCAGCCGACUGUGGGGCAAGGAGUGGUCGUACAUGCGAGAGAAGGAACUUUGCUUAGAAAUGUAACAUUACUAUAUAUUUGCCUGAAAAAUCGGCGCACAACCGAUGUGGGACUAAACCCGCGUCACACCUUCCUCAGAAGGCGCGGGUUCGAAUCCUCCUAGAGUCAAAAUUCAUAUAUUUUUAUCUAAUUAUCGCGACUUUCCUACAGAUCGCCAGUGAAGGAUUAAGCAACGAGAAUCGCUAGAUCAUCGGUGAAAAUCUCGUCAACGCGAUUCGCAGAGCAUUGCUACUAAAAUUACUGAAUGAUUUGCGAUAAAAGGAUCGCGAAUCCAUCGAGUAAAUCGUCUCCGAUUGAUCGACGAACAAGCCAUCGUCGGGAAGAGGACGAUCCGUCAAGAGACGAGUCGCCACCUCCUAAGAGCAUACCAGAUGCGAUGAAGAGCCUCCUCUUGCUGCGUGGACCUGAGGAUGAAGCUCCCUAA